UUUAUACCAGUUGCUCUUGUUUUAGUCACUACCUCUAACUUGCCUAUAAAUAAACUGAAUCAGCUGUUAUUAUCUGACUUGUUACAGUUUAUUCCAGCAGUAGGCCCACCUCCGCGGGUGGGCCUCACUUCUACCAGAACCGCCCCUGACUCUUAAUGCAAAGCUGUGGUUUAGAUUAAACUGGAGCAUCUGGUUCCGAUUCUAACUGGAUUUUCCCCCCCCUUUGGACUGAAUUAAAGCAGAACCAGAGGAAAGUGGCUGCUUUGACUGGGACUCCUCACAUGUCUGCAUGUGACCGUCCCACCAGCCCGCGGCGCAGGCUUUGGUUCCGGACGCAGGACCUCUGGACUUUGGAUCCGGGUCCCGGUGGAGCCAGCGGGACGCGUUGAAGCUCCGAUGGAUUUCAGCCACCUCUGCUCCUUUGAGGCUUUCCAGCAAUGCUGCGGUCAAUACGGCUACGGGCAGGACCUCCGCGACCUGCUGGACCAGGAGUUCCGCAGGUCCAAAGGGGCGACGUACCUGGACCACGCCGCGGCCACCCAGUACCCGGAGUCUCUGCUCAGGAACUAUUUCCGGGACAUUUCCACCAACCUGUACGGAAACCCCCACAGCCACAAUCCCAGCAGCAGCUUGACUCACGACACGGUGGAGCGGGUCAGAGACAGAGUCCUGCAGCACUUCGGCACCACCUCCAAAGAACACUCGGUGAUCUUCACGUCCGGUUGUACCGCCGCUCUGAAGCUAGUGGCUGAGAGCUUCCCUUGGAGCUCAGAGCGCGGAGCGGGGAGCCUCUUCUGCUACCUCACUGACAGCCACACGUCCGCCGUCGGCAUCCGAGGCCUGACUUCGGCCCUGGGGGUCGCCGCCCUCCCCGUCUCCCCGCAGGAGCUGACAGCCGGGCCGGAGGACGGGGCGCCGACACAAGAUGUUUCCUGCCAAACGCCGCACCUUUUCUGCUACCCGGCGCAGAGCAACUUCUCAGGGAGGAAGUAUCCUCUUAGCUAUGUGAGGGGCAUCCAGGCGAGACGCCUGUACCCGGCGUGCGACCUCCGAGGCCGCUGGUUCGUGCUGCUGGACGCGGCCUCGCUCGUCAGCUGCUCCCCUCUCAACCUACACGACUGCCCCGCUGAUUUCGUUCCCAUCUCCUUCUACAAGAUUUUUGGCUUCCCAACAGGUCUGGGGGCGCUGCUCGUCCGCAACGACUCAGCAGGCAUACUGAGAAAGUCUUAUUUCGGAGGAGGCACCGCAGCAGCUUACCUUUCUGGGGAGGAUUAUUAUGUGCAGGCGGGAAACGUCUCUGACAGAUUUGAAGAUGGCACCGUCUCCUUCCUGGACAUCAUAGCUUUAAACCAUGCGUUUGACUCUCUUUACAGGAUCACAGGCAGCAUGCUCCACAUCCAGCAGCACACCUUCGGCUUGGCGCGCUACACUUACAUGCUGCUCUCAAGUCUUUGCCAUGGCAACGGUCGACCGGCGGCGCAGAUUUACGCCGAGGGCCGGUUUGAGAGUCCAAGCACUCAGGGAGCCAUCCUGAACUUCAACCUCCUGGAUUCCAGUGGGCAGAUAAUUGGGUACUCGCAGGUGGACCGCCUGGCCAGUCUGUACGACAUUCACGUGAGAACCGGUUGCUUCUGCAACACCGGCGCCUGUCAGGACUUCCUGGGGAUCAGCAGCCAGCAGAUGAAGCGAAACCUGCAGGCGGGUCACGUCUGCGGGGACAACAUGGACUUGGUGGACGGCCAGCCGACCGGAUCUGUCCGCGUCUCCUUCGGCUACAUGUCGACGUUCGAGGACUGUCAGAGGCUCCUGAAGUUUGUUGCCGAGUGCUUCGUGGAGAAGCCCGUCACGGUAGACCAAGCGAGGCUGCAGAGCCUGAAAGCAGCCUGGGCCUCCUCACAGGGAUCCAGCGAAGCCCCUUCGCCUGAACCUCCUGACCGAGAAACCCCCAAAGGAGCGGAGACGAAGUCCGCCGACGCGUCCCAGAACGGACUCAGAGAGCCGAAAAGCCCCGGGGAGGCCUGCUGCGCUCUGACCAACGUCUACAUAUACCCCAUCAAAUCCUGCGGCGCGUACGAGGUGCAGGACUGGCCGCUGGGACCGCGGGGCUUACUGUACGACAGAGGCUGGAUGGUGGUCAACCAGAACGGCGUGUGUCUGAGUCAGAAGAGGGAGACGCGCCUGUGCCUCAUCCGCCCACAGGUCCACCUGGCCUCAAACAGGCUGCUGCUGCGGGCGUCGGGGACGGAUACCGUUUGGGUCCCCCUGGAGGAGGACGGCGGGCUGCACGCAGGCUCUGGCGUGUGUCACAGUAAAGUCUGUGGUGACAGGGUGGAGACGACGGACUGCGGGGACGAGGCUGCAUCGUGGCUCUCAGACUUCCUCGGACAGCCGUGCCGCCUGAUAAGACAACGUCCUGAUUACGCCCGAGAAAUGAAGAAGAAGCCGGCUGAAGCUGCCGGCUCCCCGCUCCUCUCCCUGGUGAAUGAAGCCCAGUUUCUCCUGAUCAACCGAGCCAGCGUGGAGCUCAUUCAGGACCUAAUGAGCAGCAGGCAGGACAGCUGUGAGGGCGAGCGGCUCCUCGACACGCCGGGCGUCAUCAGCCGCUUCCGGGCCAAUUUAGUCAUCGCUGGAGCAGAACCCUUUGAGGAGGAUAAUUGGUCACACUUGAUUAUUGGCAGCGCGCGCUUCUUGGUCGCAGGUCGGUGCGGGAGGUGCCAGAUGAUUGGAGUAGACCAGGACACCGGAGCCAAAACCAAGGAGCCGCUCCUGAGCCUGGCGGCCUGCCGCGCGGGGAAGGUAACGUUUGGCGUGUAUCUGAGCCACCAGGACCCUGAGGGCUCCAACGGAGUUGCUGUCCUCUCUGUCGGCUCUCUCAUACAAGCCGAUACUGGUGAUCUGUAGCAGCCUCUACCUGUUCUCCUGACAGCUGUGGCCCCCGGAGGCCUCCUUUUGGCCCCCAGAGGCCUCCGAUUGGCCCCUGUGUCGUUAAGAUCACCUGUUAAUCGCUGGCAAUUUCUCUACAUGCGACUGUUUUUUCUUUCUUUGGGUAUCAAUCAGCCAUCAGUGUCAAGAUGAAGAUUUGCUAUGGUGGAUUUUAUUUGUCAAUAUAUUUUUUGUAAUCGUCUCUCAAAUUAUUUAGAUAAAAAUGUAUUUAGUCUUCAACUGUAACAUUUAACAAGCUUAGAGCAGACAGUGAGAGAGAGUGGAACAUUUGACCUAUCUCUCUGAAUCAUCAGGACUCCUCCUCUUUUUUGCAGUCCUUUCAAGAAACAGCAAAAGUUUUUGUUAAACAGUUCUUUGUUCUGUUCACUCUAACAAGCUUCCUCUGGUAGAUAAACAGGCCCCCAGCACCACAGAUCCUCCACCAUACUGUAAACUUUGCAUGAAGGGCUUGGUCUGCAGAUUUUCUUUGACUCUCCAACCAUCCUGUUAGAUAAACUAGCCUCUUGGCCUUUGGCUCAAAGUAUUGGCCUCUCUGUGAUGUCAGGUUAUACCCCAAGAAAACCGAAGGUCAACGACUGAGAGUCACGAGUCCCCAGAAACCUGUGAAUUCAAAAACCAAAGAAUAAAGUCUAACAAUGCUCUGGUAACCUGUACUUCAGAGGAAUAACGUACCGACAAAUGUGCCGACAGUGAUUUUGUUAAAAGCAAUCAUUCCUUGGCUUGGGGUUUUUCUACCUGUGGAAUUAAUGUUCUCAAAUGAAAGGCUGGAUUCUUUCUAAAACGUUCCAUGUCCGAUCAUGCUACUGCAAUAAAAGAUUAAUUUAUUUUAAAACGGUUUAUAAAUUAUUUCAUCCAAAAGCUUUCACUUUACAAUAGAAUUGAAAUCAUCCUUUAUAGUCCCACGGUGGGGAAGUUCAGGUAUACGUUUACAACUUGAUGAAAAAAUCUGGAGCAGUCAUUAAAAAUAGCAAACUCGAGAAAUUAAAGAAUCGUCCAACUCAGGAGAGUGAUUUUUAAGAGAUGAGUGAACUGUAUAUGUAUAUGUAUGCAUGAAAAACACAAAUAGACCAUAAGAAUGAAAAAAAAAAACUGUGCAACAACGGCAGGGAUGUAAACUCUCAGCGAGUUUGCUGGGAGCAGUGAUGGUUAUGAAGUCUAACAGCUGCUGGGAGGAAGGAUCUGUGAUGACGCUUCUUUGUGCACCCAGGAUGCAGCAGUCUGACGCUGAAGGAGUUCUGCAGCAGCUUCAUGCGUGAGUGGGUGGGAAUCAUUGUUAGCGCUUCUCCUGUUCUGCAGGAUCUUCUACUCCUGCCUUACUAUGCAUGGUUUACAGACCACAGCAGGAAGCUGAAGUAACCCGUCCUGGUGAGACCCAACUCUUGCACAGGAGAACUAAACCACCGGGAAACCCCAGACUGGACUUUAGUGUGUCGUCUUAUCUCAGAAAACAACAAUUUGCAUAAUCAGGAAAACCCAGGAAUAAUGGGCCCCAUGACUAAAAAAUCUAAAUAAUCCCAAAAGCUCAUACAUAUUUUCUAUUUUUGGGGCCCCCUUCAGUCAGGGGUCCUUGAAAUUGUCCUGACUUUUUCCCGUUGUCAUCGUCAUUGUUUUAACUGCAUUGCUGACUUGCACCAGCAGGUUAAACCAUGGACUUUAAUGGGUUUUUGUUUAA